GCAGUGACUAGCUAUGGGGCCGCCUGGCCUUACCAUGGCUAUAGCUAUUACCCGCAACAGCAUCAACAGCAGCAGACACCAGUGACUGCUCCAAAACCCGCGACGACAACCACGACCACGACAACAGCACAAGCGGCCACUACAUCGACCCCUGCCACAGCUACCCCUACGGCCGCUACCUCCAUCGCCCCUCGCCCAUCCGCCCCUUCGACGUAUACCUUCACCUCCUACAACCGGGAUCCGGCUUUGUAUGGGCGGAGUACGCGGAAGGGAUCCAAUUACAGGGGUUUGUUCACCAAAGAACUGCGGAACUUGAUGUAUGGCUUCGGAGACGACCGCAACCCUGCAUCCGAUACAGUGAACGUCAUGGAGGAGAUACUCAUCGAGUACAUCGUGGAUGUUGUUCAAACUGCAUCAGGAGGUGGCAAAAAGUCUCGUUUAUCGAUUGAGGACCUGCGUCGCGCGCUGUCUCGUCCAGCGGAUGCCAAGAAGCUGGCACGUAUGGAAGAAUUGUUGUUCAUGCAGGAAGACAUCAAGCGGGCUCGCGCACAGUUCGACGAGCCCGAUAUGCAUCCUGCUGGCUCGGGGUUGUAAUCUGACUGCUUGACCCUUGCACGUGUAUUAUAUUG